AUGGCAUUUUGGCGUGGUACUUCGCUAUUUUCGUCAUCAACACCAUUGACAACACCCGUAAAUGAAAAUACAAUUAAUCAAGAAACGAUCGAACGUCUUUGUGAUCGUCUACAAUUAGCUACACGUAUUGAAGAUCGACGAGAUGCUGUACGUGGUCUUAAAGGAUAUUCUAAAAAAUGUAAACUUGAAGUCGGAACAAAAAGUAUGAUUUUAUUAGCAAAUAUUUUACAAGGUGAUCGAACUGAUUUGGAUCUUAUACAAUUAUCAUUAGAAACAUUAUCUAAUAUAAUGAGCUAUGAAGUCAAUAAUACUGAUGAACAACCGAAUUUACCACAAGAUAUAACUAUUCAAUUUACAGAAUUAUUUAUUAAGAAUAAAGAACAUGUUCAUACAGCUCUCGAUCUUAUUGAAGAAACUGACUUUAAUAUUCGUCGUACAUCUAUAAGAUUUCUUACUAUACUUCUUACUAAUUGUACUAAAAUAUUACAAGAUAUUAUACUUGAAAGUGGACCUAUGGGUGUUUCGAAAUUAGUCGAUCUUUUACAAGAUGAACGUGAAGUUAUUCGAAAUGAUGCUCUUCUUCUACUUCAAAUACUAACUCGUUCGAAUGCAAAUAUUCAAAAAAUAGUUGCAUUUGAAAAUGGUUUUGAACGUUUAUUUGAAAUUCUUAUAAGUGAAGGCGGUAGUGAUGGAGGUGUUAUUGUUGAAGAUUGUUUAUCUGUUUUAUUAAAUUUAUUAAAAAAUAAUCCAUCAAAUCAAAGUUAUUUUCGUGAAAGUUCUUUUAUUCGACGUUUAGUUGAUUGUUUUGCAUUAAAUUCAAUUGGUGACAAGCAUUGGCCAAAACAAAAAGAAACAAAUAUUAAUCUUUUUUUACAAGUUAUUCGAACACUUGUCUCACCGACAAAUUCAAAUCAAAAUAUUGCUGCAUGUCAACGUUCAAUUAGUCAAUGUGCAACUAAUCUAUAUACAUUAGGUCAUUUAUUAAUUAUUGGUUAUCUAAGUAAAGAUAUCGUUGCUUCAUGGUGUUCAAGUAUUGCUCUAGCACAUUUAAUUAUUGAUAAUCAACAACUUAAAGAAGCUGUACUUAAAGUUGUACUUGCAAUUGAUCAAUCUCAAUCUAAUACUAAAACAUUAAUGGAGAUAUCCAUUGAUCUAUUAGAAAACUCUUCAUCAUCGUUUCAUACACGUAUUUCUAUACUUAUUUUUCUAUGUACAUGGCUAUCGAAUUGUACAUUAGCUGUACAAGCCUUCCUUUCCAUUCAAAAUAGUAUUUCUUAUCUGAUUUCACAGAUUUGUGCUCAAUCAGCUACAGAUGAUCGUGAAACUCUUAUCCAAUCAUUAUGUGCAUUUGCCUUUGGAUUAUGUUUAAUUUUUAAUAAUAAUCAAAUAUCAAGUUAUUCAACUGAAUCACUUGAACGAAUUAUAAAAAAACGUAUUGGUAUUGAUCUCUUUCAAGAGAAGCUUGAAUUACUUUCUAAAUCCGAUUAUUAUGCUAAAGCUUUACGAAAACCUCAAUUAAAGCUCUCAAAAUCACAUGAUAUGGUCCUAGAUUACGAGUUUACUCGUUUAUAUAAAAUUCUUGAAGGAUCCAUUACACGAUUAUUAACAACACGUACAAAUGAUGAACAGCCAAGAUCAUCUGAUCAAUCAUCAACAAUGCUAGCACAAUAUACGGAUUUAAUUCAACAACAAAGUCAACAAAUAAAUAUCUACCAACAGCAAGAAAAACAGUUUCUUGAAGAACGUGUUUUGUAUCAAAAGAAAAUUGCUGAAUUAGAACAAUCAUUACAAGAAAUUCGUGGUCAAAAUACUUCAUUGAAUUUUUCAUCUGAACAAAAACAAGAUUCUGAUGACAGAUUAAGAACCUUAUGUGAACAACAACAAAUGGAAUUAGAAUAUUUAAGAAAUAUGAUGGCAUAUCAACAACAACAAUAUUACUACUUAACACAGCCAAUUGAAAAUGGCAUUGAGCAAAUUAAUUUAAAUAACAAUGAUAAUCAAACUGUGAAGAAUGAUGAACAAAAUCAUGUAAAUGAACAAGCAGUAUUGAAUGCUCAAAUUAGUGAAUUACAAGAAAAACUAAAAGCAUUUGAUGAACGAUGUAAAGCACAAAAUGAUGAAAUAGCUCGUCUUCAAUUAGAAAAUAAUAUUUUGCAAGAAAAAGUUACCAACGAAAAAAGAAAAGUUUCAAUACUUGAAAGUCUUCAAGGUCAAAUGCAAGAAAUAAUCGAUGAAAAAGCUAAUUUAAAUAAUGAAUAUCAAAAAUUAAAUCUUGCUUAUCAACAAAAUCUAAAAGAACAAAAUGAUUUACUUGUUCUCUGUUCAACUUAUGAAGAUCAUUUGAAAAAAUGUCGAAAUAUAAUUCAAUCGGCUGGAUUAACAAUACCAAAUUUUUUACUUGAAAUGGAUAACACAGAAUGA